ACACAAGAUCAGAAUCCAAUCACUCAGCAGAAUCACAGUCUCAUUUAUUUCACUUUAUUAGGCAAAGCUCCCAUCAUAUGGCUUCUUUAGCACAUCCAAUGCUUCUCAAGCAGAAAAACUCACAGCUACCGUCAAUAAGAGCUACGAGAAUUCCAACCACUAUUUUCUUGCUACAAAUGUGCCAAAACUUCCGGGAAGUCAGACAACUACAUGCCCAAUUGGUAGUUUUAGGACUUAUUAAUCGCCCUCCGAAUGCUGGAAGGCUGAUUGAAUCCUAUGUCUCAACGAGUGAAAUCUACUAUGCUUCAUCAGUUUUUGACACAAUCUCUUAUCCGGAUGUGUUUGCAUACAAUAUGAUGAUCAGAGGCCUAACACUGGGUAAGUGCCCUUAUGAUUCAAUUGUACUCUUCAAUGAACUGUUAUUAGGUGGCCUAAAACCAGAUAACUACACCUUCACAUUUGUCCUUAAAGCAUGUUCAUAUAUAAAAGCCCUUUUUGAAGGGAAACAAGUGCAUUGCCAAGCAAUUAAGGCCGGUACAUCACCAGAUACACACAUUCAUAGUUCCCUAAUACACAUGUACGCAAAUUCAGGUAGCACGGAUUCUGCAGAACGCGUCCUACAACAAUUUUCUGAAGAAAAUGUACUUGUUAGGAACAGUAUGAUUUCGGGUUACUUGAGUCAGGGUCAUGUCCAAAAUGCUAGAGCAAUGUUUGAUGGUAUGAGAAUAAAAGAUACAGCAACUUGGAGUGCAAUGAUCACAGGGUACACAAAGAAUGGGAUGUAUGGAGAGGCACUAGCCACAUUCCAAGAAAUGAUGGCUUCCGAAGUUAAAUUGAAUGAAUCAACGCUUGUGAGCGCGCUCACUGCUUGCGCCCAAUUGGGAGCUUUGGAUCAAGGAAGGUGGAUACACACUUGUAUUGAUAAGAUUAAGGCUAAGAUUAGUGUUACUUUAGGUACCUCUCUUGUUGAUAUGUAUGCAAAAUGUGGCUGCAUGGAUUGCAGCUAUAAAGUCUUCAGGAAUAUGCCUCGGAAAGAUGUUGUGACAUGGGGGGCUAUUAUUUCAGGUUUUGCUUUGCAUGGACAAGCCGAGAAAUGUUUUGAGCUAUUUGAUGAGAUGGUUGCUAAUGGAACUUGUCCAAAUGAAGUGAUCUUUGUGGCAAUACUCUCUGCCUGUUCUCAUGCUGGCUAUGUCGAAUUGGGUGAUUACUAUUUCGAGAAAAUGGUUCAUGAUUUUGGAAUUAGGCCUACCGUUGAACACUAUGGUUGUAUGGUAGACCUCCUUGCUCGUGCAGGGCGGUUGGGAGAGGCAGAACAACUAAUCACAACAAUGCCAGAAGAGCCUAAUUCGAUUAUAUGGGGUUCAUUACUUGGUGGUUGUAGAAAUCACAGAGAUGUGAAGAGAGGGGAACGCGCAUUCAGGCAAUUGAUUGAGUUGGAGCCACUGUCUGGUGACCGGUAUAAGCUAGCAGGGCACAUGUUUAGUAAUGUGGGAGAGAAAGAAGAUGCAGACGAGAUAACAAAGUUCAUCAAGGAGAAAAAAUUGGAGACAACGCGAGGAUCAAGCUUCAUUGAAGUAGAUGGUAUAAUUCAUGAGUUUAUGGUAGGAGAUAUUGAUCAUAGCAGGGCUUAUGAAAUAUAUGGGAUGUUGGAGGGGACAUAUUAGUUCCCAAAUCAAUGGCUUGUGAAAUAUUUGCAUUGUGAAAUAGUUACAAAAGUUCAAAAAAGCAAUAGGAACAUUACAUGAAAUUAAUUCUA